UUUCCGCAAAAUGUGCUGCCAGGAACCGAAGAUAAACCUGAUAGGUAUAGUUGGAAGGCAAAAUAAAUCUUGAUUCUUCGUUUGAUUAAUCAGGAACCAAGGAAGAAUGAACGCAACAUAUGGAUGGUCCACGAAAGAUUCUGCAACUCUUGUUGCUAACAUCAAAAGAAAGAUAUCCGAUGCAGACUUAGAUAUGAUGAAAAAGACUCCAUUCUAGAAUUUAUCCUACAUGUUUUAUGCAGGUUGGAUAUCACCAGAUGCCUUCAACAAAAUCACCAGAUACCUGCAUAAAACAUGUAUGAUAAUUCAGAAGAUAAGUGGACGCAGUACAACUCCAUGAAGUCUAGUGAUGGAAAAGAUAGAAACCUACCUAAAGCAUUAGAAAUGCAAGCGAAAGUGGCAGUUGUGUGUGCUAUUGAAUGGGCAAUUACUCUAUCUUGCAGAAAGAUUGUCAUCAACUCAGACUCUCAAUCAGUAGUAGCAGAUUUCAAGUCUGGGAAUAUUCCCUGGUUCAUCAAAGCUAGAUGGCUCAAAGCUUCUGCUAUUGUGCUACAUAUGAAUGCAAAUUCAUGAAAUGGCAUAUCAAUGAACGGUUCUAGUUUGGGUAUGCGAAUAGUACGAUGGACAUAACCAGAAAAAUCAAAAGAAUGAGAGCGAAGAUGGUGUGUAAACUCCUUGAUGAUCCAGUGCACUGUUAGAAAAAAGAUGGAGAACUUAGUGAAAUGCAUUAACAUUCUAGGUUAUUGCUAUUUAUCUUUACAAUAGCUUGAUGGUCUGCAGAAGUUCUAUGUUUUGAGAGUUGAACAUCAUUUCAAUGUUUAGACUAAUUGGUAUACGUCGGUUGUUAAGUUUUGAAGUUUUGAACAAUUGAUAUAUGGGUGUCUAUCAAAUUUCAUAAU